GAGCAGGGGACGGCAGCACCAUGGCCCCCCGCACGGCUGCCGUCCGCCAGACCUGCUGCUGCUUCAAUGUCCGCAUCGCCACCACCGCCCUGGCCAUCUACCAUGUGAUCAUGAGUGUUUUGCUGUUCAUCGAGCACUCCGUGGAGGUGGCCCACGGCAAGGCCUCCUGCAAGGUCUGGCAGAAUGGCUACCUCAGGCUCGCCAACCUGAUCUCCAGCUUCCUGCUCAUCACCAUGCUCUUUGUCAUCAGCUUGAGUCUGCUGAUCGGAGUGGUCAAGAACCGGGAGAAGUACCUGCUGCCCUUCCUGUCCCUGCAAAUCAUGGACUUCCUCCUCUGCUUGCUCACUCUGCUGGGCUCCUACAUCGAGCUGCCCUCCUACCUCAAGUUUGCCUCCCGGAGCAGCAGGGUUGGCGCCCCCAAGGUCCCCCUGAUGACCCUGCAGUUGCUGGAUUUCUGCCUGAGCGUCCUGACACUCUGCAGCUCCUACAUGGAAGUACCCACCUAUCUCAACUUCAAGGCCAUGAACCACAUGAACUAUCUCCCCAGCCAGGAGGGUAUGGCUCACAGCCAUUUCAUCAAGAUGAUGAUCAUUUUCUCCAUCGCCUUCAUCACUGUCCUCAUCCUGAAGGUCUACAUGUUCAAGUGCGUGUGGAGAUGCUACAAGUUCAUGAAGUACAUGAACUCAGCCGAGGAGAGGAGCGGCUCCAAGAUGCUCCAGAAGGUGGUCCUGCCGUCCUAUGAGGAAGCCGUGUCUCUGCCAUACAAGACCCCGGACGGGGACCCCGCACCACCCCCCUACUCGGAGGUGUGACCCCCGCCAGGCCCAGCCCUGGUGCUGGGAGGGGCGGAGCUGUCUCGCAAGCCGCUUCUUCGCUUUGGUGGCCCCUGCGGCCCCGGGGUGAGCCGCCCGGCUGACUUCAGGACAAACCGGCUUGUGUCCCCCUCGCUGGCCUGCUUGUCCCGUGGGGCCUGGGAGAUGCUCACGACUGGGUCAACGCUGUCGGCGGAGUGGCUCCUGGAGUCCCUCAGAAGUUCAGUCCAACGAACCUCGGCUCGUUUCCAGCUUCAGCACUUGUCUCACCUGUUCGUCAUUCUAAGUUCGGGGGGUUUGGUUAAACAACUUGCAACUUGACCGCUUCACCACGUGGCUGCCAAAUCAAACUACGCCUCCCCGUGCAGGGAGGUGGUUUGUCCAGACGGCAACAGCCAUCGCGUUGGCUUUCAGGCCGUUGUCCGUUCACACAACAAACGAUGCCGCC